UCCUAUGCAACUGUUGAGUUUGCUUUUUCGUAUCACUUCCUCUCUUCUUUGUUUCUUUUCUUUCUUUUUUUCUUUCUUUUUUUCUUCUUUACUAAAACCAUAGCUUCUGAGUUCUCUCUCUUUCUCCAUCUGUUUCAAGCUCAAGCGGAUUCUGUCUAAAGAAAGAUUUUCUUGUAUUUUUGAAAUAUGGAAUCGAGGGGGAGCAAGAGGCAACUAGUGGCGAUGGAGAUGAUUUAUAGGUUCAGGAUACUAUUGCCAAAUGGAAUGACUGUAGGAUUGAGAUUGACGGACCCAGGAAGUGAAAUUUUGUUUGAUGAUUUUAUUAAAUUGGUGAAAGAAGAGUAUUUGCUGGCUCAGCGACAAUCGGAAUCGAAGAGGAAUAGGCCUGUAAAUUGGAAUGGUGGAAAUCUGUACCUUGAGGAUGCAAAUGACAACAAAAUAAGGCGCAGGAUCUACUUUGCUAAUUUCAAGCCGCACAAGUGUCACAUUUUGCGCCUUCAUGAUGGGUCCAAAAUGACUAUUGAUAUUUAUGAGAACAUGUGGGAUUUGACUCCUGAUACUGAUUUACUAAGGGAGCUACCAGAGGAGUAUACUUUUGAAACUGCUCUAGCAGAUUUGAUCGACAAUUCCUUGCAAGCUGUUUGGUCUAAUGGUAAAAAUGAUAGGAGAUUGAUAAGUGUUGACUUCAUGAAAUUGGAGGAUAAAAUUUCAAUUUUUGACACUGGUCCUGGAAUGGACAACAGUGAUGAAAACUCUAUAGUGAAGUGGGGAAAGUUGGGUGCCUCACUUCACAGAUCAUCCAAGACUCGGGCAAUAGGGGGCAAACCACCUUACUUGAUGCCGUAUUUUGGCAUGUUUGGAUAUGGGGGACCCAUGGCAUCUAUGCAUCUGGGGAGGUGUGCUUUAGUCUCUUCCAAGACAAAGGAGUCUAGAAAAGUUUACACUUUACAUCUUGAGAGAGAAGCUAUGCUUAGCAGUACUCAUUCUGAACUAACUUGGAGGACUAAAGGAGGCAUGAGGAAUCCUACAGAAGAUGAAAAUAGAGGAUCUCCUCAGGGAAGCUUUACAAAGGUUGAGAUAUUGGAGCUUAAAAUGAAAAACUUGGACGUAUUUCAACUCCAAUGCAGGCUGAAGGACAUCUACUUCCCAUAUAUUCAGUGUGAUGAUCUGUCCAACGAAGGGAAAACCACUACACCAAUUAAGUUUCAGGUUAAUGGUGAAGAUUUAGCUGAAAUUGAAGGUGGGGAGGUUUCAAUUACCAACUUGCACUCUUGCAAUGGCCCUGAGUUUGUUUUUCAGCUUCACUUUUCUAUCAAUCAAGAUAAUGUUGGAUCCAAUCCAGGUUCAAGGUCAUCUCGAGAAGCUAAUGCACGUCUAAAGUGUGUCUAUUUUCCUGUUGUUGAGGGGAAGGAGAGUAUUGAGAAGAUCUUGGAGAAGUUAGAAGCUGAAGGAUGUGGAAUUCAAGAAAAAUUUGAAACCUUCGCCCGUGUCUCUAUCCGUCGGCUUGGUCGUCUACUUCCAGAUGCUCGCUGGAUGAGUCUUCCUUUCAUGGAAUCUAGGCAGAAGAAAGGUGACAAAGCUUACUUAUUGAAGAGAUGUAGCUUAAGAGUUAAAUGCUAUGUUGAGACUGAUGCUGGUUUCAAUCCAACACCUUCUAAGACUGAUCUAGCACACUAUAAUCCUUUUACUACCGCUUUGAAGAACUUUGGUAGUAAGAUGUUUGAGAAGGAAAAAGAAACCAAUGUUGAAAUUUCUCGAAAUGGUAAAUUGUUAACUCCUUUGCAACUGGAAAAGGAGUAUCAAGAUUGGAUUCUUCAAAUGCAUGAAUGUUAUGACGAAGAAGUUGGUUACGGUGAGGAUGAUCCAGUUCUUAUUGUUAGUCCUACAAACAAAAGGGAUCUUGGGAUUUCUUCUGAUGUUGUACGGGUGCAUCGGAUUUUGAAGAGGAAAGGCGUAUCUUGGAAAUGUGGUCAGAAAAUAAAAGUUCUUAAGGGAGCUUGUCCGGGGUUGUAUAAGACCAAUGUAUAUGCAACAUUAGAAUAUUUUUUGAUUGAAGGUUUUCAAGGAGAUGCUGGUGGGGAUGCUCGGAUGAUAUGCAGACCACUUGAUGUUGGAGACGAGGAUGGCUGUGUGCUUGAAUUGAACAAUGGGACAAUAAGUUUGGAAAUCCGUCGCUCUUUAUCCUUGCCUUUUAGUAUAGUUGAUUCUGGAAAGUGUCUAGUAAUUGAAAGGAAUGAGUGGGAUAAACAACUUGAGAAGCGACGUUUGAGAGCGCCCUCUACAAUUGACUUGCUGGGCACAAAACAUUGUCAAGAGUUGGAAGUUGAUGGGGCAUUACCGUUUGAUGCUACAAUUGAUGUUGGACAAGUACCUCCGCUUGAAAUUGUGGCAGUUAUUCGGCCUGCCAGUUAUGUUGCUUCUAGCACUUCAAACAGUUUGGACCAAAAGUAUAUUUUCAAAGAUGUAUCGGAGAUGUCUAUGGAAGUUAGUUUUAGAAGAGAAGCAAAGGAUUGCAGAAGUGUAGAACAUAUGUACUCAAAACGUGUUGCUCCUUCAUGUCGCAAAGGUUUCAAUGGCUUAUACAUUUUUCCACUGGGUCAGAAGUUUCCUAACUUGUUCCAACAUCCGGGUGUUUAUAGAUUUUUGUUCUCUCUUGUUGGUUCUAUUUGUAAGGAAUGUGAGAAAAAUGUGGUAGUAAGGGCAUCUUCAAAGUUUGCAAAGUGGAAACUUUUGAGUAAUAAUGGGAGUCAACCAUAUAUUGUGAGGGUGGGCUCAACGUUUCGACCACUGGCAAUAGGUUGUUUUGACAAAUAUGACAAUCAGAUUCCAUUUGUCUCACUUCCAGGUGUAAGAGUUACACUAAAAUUACAUGAUGGCUUGCAUGCUCAAAUUGACAAAGUUAAGACCAGCCUUUCAUCUGAUAAAUUGACACUUAAAGUUAUGGAUCUACUAAUUGAAAGUAAUGAGUUGGAUAAAAUACGGCCAAGUUAUGAAGCCAUUUUGCUGAUAUUCCUACAAGAUGAGCUAGAUCCGCUUUCCGUUCCAUGUAAAGUCACUCCUGGACAUUUAGAUCAUGUCAUACUACAAUCACCGUUACCUGAAAACCAAUUGUUUACAGGUCUUGUUGUUAAGGAGUUGGUAUUAGAGAUGUUUGAUGUUUAUGGUAAUCAUGUUGCAAAAGAUAUUGGUGUUCAACUCAAUGCAGAUGGAUUUGAUAUCCUUGAUCAAACAGGUCCAUUUCGUAAGGUGGAUGUCAAUGGAUUUAUCGACCUUAGUGGUAUCCUGAAAGUAACAGCUGGGUUUGGGAAAACUGUGUCAAUUUCUGUUUCAUCUUUCAACAAAGUAGUUUUCAAGCAAGAGUUUCAAAUUGGCAAGAGGGAGCUGAGAAUUGCUUCAAAGGUACCGGAAUAUUUAACUGCUGGUUCUCUGCUGGAAAAUCUAGUUUUUGAAGUAGUCAAUUCUGAGGGUGAUGUUGAUAAAACUAUUCAUGAUCAAGAUAAGUGCAGCCAAUCUCAUACGCUUACAAUAAAGUCAGAUUCAUUUAAAUCAGAGGAUUGUGUUCGCUAUGCUUUUAGGCAUGGGCGUUGCACUGUCCCUGUUGUUCCCCUUCCUGCAAUUGAAGGAAACUAUUGCCUCGAUGUUGCUCACACCUUUUACCCAGAGCUACGUCUAAGUUUCAAUGUGUCUGUCUUAGAAGCUCGAAAUGUGGAGUAUGAUGAGGUUCAAUCUCCAUGUUCACACGGAAAGUUAUUAUUGCUACAGGAUUCAUCAUUGCAGAAGAAUGUAGGAAACACAGCAUCAUUUGAUAAUGCAGGAAAUCUAAUGCAGUCAAUUGUGAAUCUUGAAAAGGGACUAGAGGAAGAAAUUUUCAAAUAUGGUGAGCGAAUUGGAUUUUGUGAAAAUCAACUAAAAGAGCUUAAUGAAUUGAAGGCAGAUCAUGAGCAAGGGUUAUCUGAGCUUGAAGCUUCCACAGAACUUCAGUUGUUUAAUAAUGUGAACUAUCUGUCCGCAAAAGAGGAAAUUACAGAGCAGAUUAAGAGCAAGAGCCAUUCUGCAGCCGCCACUCUCUGCCAUCUUUCUAGAAAUUUUUCAUUCCAAGAAACCCAGAAGCUUUUCAUGCAAGAUAUAUUUGGCCUGGUUGCAUUACUUGGAACGGUUUGUAGCAGUAAACUAAGCAGGAUAUUGGCGGAGUACUUAGGUGAAGAUCAAAUGCUUGCUAUAGUUUGUGGUUCCUAUGAAGCUGCCAGCUCACUUGAGAAGUACAAGGAAAAUGGGGAAGUUGAUAGCAAUGUUGCUUUUCAUGCAGAAGCAGCUUCUCUUGGAAAAUCAAUAUCUGGCCGAUUUCUCGUUAUUUGCCUUGAGGAUAUAAGGGCAUACAAAGGAGAGGUCGAUGAGAGUGACCCUCAAAGGAAGCUAGUCUUGCCAGAUCCUCUCUUGCGUAAUGGGAAUACAGCAUCAGGUUUCAUUGGCUAUGCGGUUAAUAUGAUUAACUUAGAUAUCUAUCAUUCUUGUAUUAGGACAAGAUCUGGCAAUGGUCUUCGAGAGACCUUAUUCUAUCGCCUUUUUGGUGAGCUUCAAGUUUAUGAAACCAGGGAGCAUAUGGUAAGGGCUCGUGCUUCUAUUGAGCGUGGUGCUGUCUCUCUUGAUGGUGGAAUUUUGAGAGAGAACGGAAUUAUUUCUCUUGGAUGUGGGAAUCCUGAAAUCUGUUUUCCCGUUGAAAUGCUGGAUGAUGCGAUGGAUUGUUCUCCAGUGAGUUUAGAAAUCAAGAAGAAAAUUGAAGAAAAGAAGAGAGACUUGCAAAAAAUCGUAAGCCAGAUAGAGAAGUGGAAUAGAAUGCAUGAUAAAGCAAUGAAAAAGUUCACAAAGAAACGUAAUCGGUAUAUGAAGUUCAUUGAUCUAAUGGAGCCUGGACUUGAAGACCAUAACAGAUCUAACAUGAACAGUGGAGAUAUCUUCGGUAGGUAAUUUGCUUCGUAUUCUGCAGUAGAGAAAAUAGUUGCUUGUUCUUUAUAUCAUUCGCGAAUGUUCAAUUUACAGAGUAGAAAAAGAAUAUAGAGGCUGACACAGACAAAAUCUUCCCUCUAUUUAUUGUAAUAUGUAGUAGUUAAAUUAAACAAACAUCAGUUCUGAUAAUUUUUAAGUUUAUGCCGGUUAGAGAUUCAAUA